AACAUCAGCUGUCAGAACUGACACUUGACAGAUCCAAUGAACGGGGUUAAUUAUUUUUAUUUUGCAUUUGCAUUUUUUGUUGUACAUAUUGAAUUAAAAUAAUUUAUUUUAAACAUUAAUAUUUAUGUGGUUCUAGUGUUCACAAACGGCAGGACCAGAAUGCCCUGAUUAUAGUUAGUCAUUAAGUGUAACUCAACUAUGCUAACAGAGUUACUGUUAUGGUUUUUGUGUUUAGUGACGGAAGGUGCGAAUUAUAGCAUUUACGACUUGAUUUGCACCGAUAUUACCGAAAGUGCGUUAACUUUGAAGCCCGUACCUGAUAUUGACGGGAGAUUCGUCCUAACAUGGUGUACAGAGGAGAAUAGAGAUGUCAACAAAUGGAGGCUACAAAUGUAUUACAAGUCGGUGAAACCCGAACAGUGCCAUGCAGGAUACGACGGAGCGACGGCUUUCUUGCAUUCUUCCUUUGAACAAAACGUCAAGGUUGACUUAAAUUGCACAAAUAUUUGUCUUACCGCUACCCUGGAUGCAAUAUUUGGUCCAGAAUGUUACUACAUAGAUACACAGCAAAUCAGCAAUGACAUUGGAACUCUUCUGAAAUCUCGGCAAUAUCAAUAUGUUGAAGAAAACCCUAAUUUUACAAAGAAUCAUGUAAAUGAAAGUAGGGCUUCGGUCAUUUAUCAACCUGAUGGUGACACCGUAGUAUUGGAUUGGAUACUGGCUAUUCCUGCAUCUCUAUAUCACGUGUACAUGGUUAACAACACUGAUGACAAUGAGCCGCUGGACAUGGAGUGCCGCUCGCUGUCGGCGCAGCGGGUGCGGUGCCGCGCGCGCGCGUGGCCGGGCCGCUACCACGCCGUGUUCACCCACGACGCGCCCUGGAACUCGCUCGAUUUCGUCACCUACAAAUUCCAUUAUGACUUCACUCACAAAGGUAUAGCGAGCGGGCUGCCGGUGCAACCGCAGCAGUCGUCGUCGCAGUGGUGGUGGGCAGCGGGUGCAGCGCUGGCGCUGGCGCUGCUGCUGGCGCUGCUGGUGCUGCUGGCUCUGCUGGCGCUGCGAGCGGCGCGUGCCGGCACCAUGCGGGAGAACAUCUUGAGGAUGUGGAUAGAUGAUAUUGCCAAGCGCUGGCAGCGAGCGGGCAACGCGCGCGCGGCCGAGCGGCUCGUGCUGCUGUACGCGCGCGACUGUGCGCACGCCACGCGCGCCGCGCGCACGCUGGCGCAGCUGCUGCAGCGAGUCACCGACUGCGACGUACGUACCCUGACGCCUCAUAUCUGCAGGCGCUGGCAGCGAGCGGGCAACGCGCGCGCGGCCGAGCGGCUCGUGCUGCUGUACGCGCGCGACUGUGCGCACGCCACGCGCGCCGCGCGCACGCUGGCGCAGCUGCUGCAGCGAGUCACCGACUGCGACGUACGUACCCUGACGCCUCAUAUCUGCAGGCGCUGGCAGCGAGCGGGCAACGCGCGCGCGGCCGAGCGGCUUGUGCUGCUGUACGCGCGCGACCGUGCGCACGCCACGCGCGCCGCGCGCACGCUGGCGCAGCUGCUGCAGCGAGUCACCGACUGCGACGUGGUGGACCUGUACGCGCCGGAGACGCUGGCGGGCGCGGCGCCGGCGGGCGGCGCGUGGCUGCGCGCGCUGCUGGCGCGGGCCGGCACGCGCGUGCUGCUGCUGCAGAGCCCCGCGCUGGCGCUGUACUGCGCGCGCCUGCUGCCCGCCGCCGACGGCUCGCCCACGCUCGAGGCGCCGCUGCUGGGCGGCCGCAUGGCGUGGCGCGCGCCGCACGCCGCCGACUCGCUGCUGCUGCUGGCGCUGCGGCUGCUGGCCGACAGCGCGCACGGCGAGCCGCUGCCCUACAAGAAGUACUACGUCGCCAUGACGGCGGGCUUGCAGCACGACGACGCGGUGCCCGCGCUGACCCCUCAGCGCCGCUACCGGCUGCCGCACGCCGCCGCCACGCUGCUGCGGGACCUCUCGCCGGACCCCGCGCUCGACCCCCUGCGCGACCCCGCGGCGCGGCAUCUGCUGGAGCAGUACAAAGAGGCGAUGGAAGACUACAGACAGUACGCUCUCGACCACCCCAACCACCUGUUCGAGGAUCUAGUAGUCGAGUAGACUCCAUUUUUUUUUUGGACUUUUUAAAAACCCAAUUAACUAUAAAAUUGGAGAGAUACUGUAGUAGUUUGGGAAACCUCAAUUUUUAUCAAAGUAAAGGCAAAAUUUACUUGAGGUUUAAGUCUAAUGCGACUCCUUAAGCUUUGAGGCUCUAAAAUGAAAAAAAAUACAUAACCAAACAAACUUAUGUAUAUAAUAUUAGUACGUCGGAUCGUUAAAAAUUAUAGUAUAGGUGGACAGAUCCGUAUACGGAUAUUUGGUGUCAAGAACUUGAACUUCGACAAAAGUGAAAAAUACAACUCAAAACGAACUGCGCCACAAACUUACAAACAUUAUUGGCGCAAAAAGAUUUAGACUACGACCGACCGAGACGCUGCAAGCGCACACUUUACUGACGUCAUCAAAAUGUUGCUUGUGCAGUUGGGCCGCUCCAUUCAUUUUCAUUUUAAUCGAAGUGGUUGGCGACAUGUUUCAACUAUAAAUUUACAUUGCGCGAGACUUUAUUUGUUUGUUUAAAGUUAGUGUGACCCUAGCGAGCAUCGCUCCGCCAAAAAAUAACGGAUACGGAUACAGGUCUUCCUUCUUGGAGGGAGGAUCGGACUACGGAGUCCGCGGAUAUCUGGCACGUCGCUAGUACAUAGUAUAAUAAACAUUUACUGUUAAUCAUAAUUUACUUUAAUAAAUGUGUGACACAUUUUUAUUCUAUAACCCAAAAUGUCGGCUGAUUGCGCAUUUGACCAUGGUCUUAGUGAUAAUUUAUAAAUAAAAAUAAGAAAAAAGUUAAAAUUGUCAUAGAGGACACCUGUUAUGCAAACAAACACAUUUAUACAAAGUGUAGAUAUUUAUACAUGUCAUAGUUAUUAGUGUACAUAAUAUACAUUUAUAUGUAGUAAAUUAAGUAUACUCUUAGUUUAGAACUUUAAGAAAUAUGGCGAGCUUCCGAACAUUUUUUUGUUGACAAAUGACUAUUCAUGUUAAUGGAUAAAAAUAUGUUAAGGUAUAGAAAAUUUAUCUUUUAUCUAAAUAUAUAAAAGCAAAAGGCACCGCCUUCAAACUGAUCACAAGGUAGCACAUAGGUAAGAUGUUAUUUUUUGCUUUUUAGUUUAGGUUAGUUUUUGAGUUGGAAGUCGGUUGAAUUUUUUUUAUUAAAAUUUUAAUUAAAAUGUUUCGUAUUAUAGGAAGUCAAGAAAUAAAUAAUUUUCUGUUUAAAGUUUGCCAUUUGCUGUAUAAUUACUAGUACUGCCGUCAGUCGAGCUACGGCGUAAUGUACGAAGUGCAAUUUUUACUACUCUCGUAAUAUUGGUUCUAUUUUAAAUAAACAAGUAAUAAGAUCUAAUUAUUAUUGACGACGAUGAUGAUUUAGACGAUAUUAGGAUUAUUUAGUUUCGUCCAACGUUUAACUAACGCUUUCAACAUAAUUGAACAAAACUUUGUGUGUUUGAAUUUAGGUCAUGUACGUGCUGCCUAGAAAUAUAUACAUAUUAUUUCAAUGCCUUCGUGCCUAGAAACUGGACUAUAUGUUAUUAUAUUUAGUCCAGCACGGUCUUAUUAGGUUUUAUAAUUAUAUUUUUAGUGUUUUAUGUAUCUAUAAUAUAGAUAAGUAUAAAUAAUAAUUAUACAAAUUGCUUAAGGUUUUUGAGAGAUUUUGAUGUCAUAAUAAGUUUUUACGUAACAAGUUAAGCCAAAGUUAAUAUCACAAUACUCGUAAAAUAUAUGUUUUAUCUGCGAGACAUGUUUACGACAGAUCUUUACUGACUAAAUAUAUUUUUAUACGUAAUUUACACAUUUUUGUACAUUAUAAAUAUAUAUUCAUGUAAACAAGUUGUACCUGUUGUAGCCCAUCUAUUCAGGGAAGACAGUUUGUUUAUGAACGUAGUGGUAGGCGGCAGACAGCGCGUUUGUGUGUAUAAACUGAAGACUCGUUUCGAUAGAGAUUGCCGAUGAGGUCGGCAAUAUGCGCUGAUUUAAACCAAUAACUGGGACCCACCCUGCUACUCAAAACGAACGCCGAGACGUCUUUCGCGCUAUAAAUUAAUUUGGGAACUGGCAUAAAUGUAUGAACGUCUUUUUAUAGUGUUUUAGCAUAUACUAGCGGACGCCCGCGACUUCGCCUGCGUGAAACCCUACUACUACGCCUACCCCUAACAUAUCCCUACCCUACCCCUACCUUACCCCUACCUUACCCCUACCUUACCCCUAUCCUACUACCCCUAUGGUAGGGACCAUGCGACAGCGACGGAAGCUUAAAAAAUGGAGUAACUUCUCCCGUUUUCUCAACAUUUCUCUUCAUUGCGCUGCUCCUAUCGACGGUAGCGUAAUGAAAAGUAUAUUUUAACCUGCCCAGGAGUAUGAAGAAUAAUUGUACCAAGUUUUUUUAAAAUCCGUCGAGUAGUUUUUGUUUCUAUAACGAACAUACCACGCGACAGAAUCUUAAAAAAUUGAGUAACUUCUCCCGUUUUCUUAACAUUUCCCUUCACUGCUCUGUUCCUAUUGAUCGUAGCGUGAUGAAAAGUACACUAUAACCUGCCCAGGAGUAUGAAGAAUAAUUGUACCAAGUUUCGGUAAAAUCCGUCGAGUACUUUUUGUUUCUAUAAAGAACAUACAGACAGACAGACAAAAAUUUUACUGAUUGCAUUUUUGGCAUCAGUAUCGAACACUAAUCACCCCCUGAUAGUAAUUUUGGAAAUAUAUUUCAUGUACAGAAUUGACCUCUCUACAGAUUUAUUAUAAGUAUAGAUGAGGACUUGACUUGUAAUAUGAUAUUGUGUGGAGAGUGAAGUCAUAGUCCUGUUUAUGCUAUAUUUCUAUUGCGUGCCACUGCCAAGGAUUUGUAAAGACUUGAGGUUAUAACACUAUUUAAUGAAUACACAAAAUACAAUACAAAUACAAAUGAGAAAUAAUGUUAAAGUUACUAAACGAGAUAGCGGACUUUGAACCGAACCGUUGCGUUACGAAAUCAACGAAUGACUAACUUGAAAUGCAUUGGCCAACACGCGUUGAAAAUACCGCUUAGUUGGCAUGCCGAUUAGGGCUGCUACAGUGUUAAGUUUUGACGCGGACGCGUGGCACAUCGUACAAUGCUUUAUUGAACCGCUAGUGGAUUAACGACAUGACCUUACGCGUAUCGCCUGUUCGGAGCGCACCAAUCACAAUAAUAGUCGGAGGACUCGCGUCGAGGCUGGAAUUUUAGAAUUUUGCAACAAUAUUUAAUGUAGACUGUUUCACCCUACUUUGGUAGGUAUAUGAAUUUUUAUAAUUUUAAUAACUAACUAAAAUUAAUUUACUGCUGCGUGAACAUUAUUAUUCUAAGAUGUAAGCUAUCGUGUACAGAACGUUUGCUCAGUGUUGCACACCCCACGCUCGUCUACUGUCAAGUGUCAAACGUUGCACCCUACACACCACAUACUACAUCGCCAAACUGGGGUGCGAUUCCGCUAUUUUACACUCGUCGACGAAUUUUCCGCCAAUAACACUUUUCGAACGUCUUUUUCGAAUUUGAACUUUAUUUUUAUAGAGUGUUAAAAUUAAAAUCUUAAUAACAACGAAGUCGCGCACAACGUGAGAAUGUAUCUAAUAGAGGUAUUCAAUGCAAGGCUAGUUGACACUUUUGAAUGGUCUUUAGUUAUCGUUCUACUAGAUUGAAAAAAAAACAUAUUUUUUCGAAACGUGAUUGACGUGACAAUACUAGCCAACACGCUGUCGGCCACGAUGGUCUACAUUUCAACUGUUUCAUGACGUCACGUUAACAAAUCUUUUACCAAACGGAGCGUUUGACAAAAAUAUAACUUAAUAAUUAGUUUGACGUUGUUUGGCUAAAGAAACUUUUAAUACGUUAUAUUUAUAUUAUAUAUUAUAUCAAUAACGAGGUAUAUUUAUACCUCGUUAUUGAUAUAAGUUGGAAGGAGGGUAGCGUAACAAAAGUUGUUACUAACCAGAUGUUUUAUUUUACUGUUAAUUAAUUAAUAGUUAUACUAUUUAACAGCCACAAUGUCGCACAAAUUGCGUGGUACAUUAUCUCGUUCAGACGCUCUGCAAUUUUCAUUUCCUGGUAUCUCAGUUAGCUACAAGGAUCAAGAAUUUUCGUAAAUAAAAAAGUUGAUCGUCUCAUCGAGAUGAAGCUAUUCACGAAAAAUUAGCUUGGUAGUAAUCAGAUGUACGAAAUGUUUUAGGGAUCCCUGACUAAUAACGGUGAUGAGAAAAAUUCUCAUUACACCGCACUGAAGUUACUUUCUUCUAUUUACUCAAGCACUUUUUAACUAUAGACAGGCCAUAUUUUUGAACACCACUUCUUUCAAUGUCUAUGUGUUAGCUACUCGUAUUAACGCCUAGGGAUUUUUGUUAUCGAUAAUUCGGACAUUGUUGUGCUUGUUUUAGACUUAUUGAGCCGCAUUAUCUGUUUUUAUAGAUUUGUUUUUUGUGCUGUAGUUAUUUAAGUAAAUUCUCUAAUUUAUUUAUUAGUUUUUUUAUUUUUUAUUUUUAACAAUGUUAAUAUAAAUAUAAAAUACACUAUUAAAAAUUUAUAAAUCCCUCGGCGGGUCAUUUGAGUGUGCAAGCAACCGGUGGUCAGGGCUCCAGAGUGAGGAACCUCCUCGCAAUACGCGCCGUCUCAAGUAUCACUGCCUUUUGUAUCCGACUCUUGAUCCAUCAGUUAAGUGAAAGCUUCUUAAGGUGUUGGUCGAAGCUUUUCGCUUUAAGACCAUUGACUGAAACAACUAUCGGAACAAUAAUAGUGGACUCAACAUUCCACAUGGCGGUAAUCUCGUGAGCGAGGUCCAAGUGUUUUGAUACUUUUUCCAUUUCGGCUUUAACCAGAUUAUCGUUAUGUGGAACAGUAAUAUCAACAACUGCUGACGCCGCGCGGUUUCACUCCCGUGGUUCCCGUUCCUGUAGGAAUACGAGGAUAAUAUAGCCUAUAGCCUUCCUCGAUAAAUGGGCUAUCUAACACUGAAAGAAUUAUUGAAAUCGGACCAGUAGUUCCUGAGAUUAGCGCGUUCAAUCAAACAAACAAACAAACUCUUCAGCUUUAUAAUAAACUCUUCAGCUUCAGCUUCAGCGUGUGUGUAUGCCGCAGGGAAAGUGUUAAGUAGUAUAUAUUAUUGCACGCCGCACUGACCGAUCGACUAGCUAAGGUCUAUUGGCUACAGUAGCUGUCAGUGAUUAGUUCGUUCGUAUAAUCGUUCGGUCCCAGUAGAGCAAUGCACUGCUAUUUUCAAGAUCUGACGCUGGCCUAUAGUAAGGCAUCUUGAAGAAAAUCGAUAAGGCCCUAUUGAAGAGCAAACUGUUGGUGGAUUAUCUUGGCUACUUGAUUAUGUCUAUGCCAGUAUUCGCCGUUAGCAAGGUGAGAACACCCGGACACAAUAUGCCUGAGGGACUCCCCAGGACGAUGACACGCUCGACAUAUGUCUAGAGUGCCAUCUUUCAUAAUGUGUUUACAGUAGUUUCUCGUCUUUAUAACUUCGUCCAUAAUUGCACAGACAAAACCCUCGGUUUCGCCAAAGAGGUCACCGAAUUGCAACCAAGUUUAUGUUUGUUGUUAAGUAAGAAUACGACGUGUUUUGACAUAGUGUUCAGAACCGGCAGGACGUUUUUUAACAAGUGUUUUUAAGACAGGACGUUAUUAAUUAGGUAUUAUGUUAAGUUGUAAUGAAUUGUUUUUAUCUCUUACUGUUUUGUAUAUAAAAUAUCAUUUAAUAAUUAUCGAAAGUGCGCUAAGUUAACAAAAAUAUAAAAUAGUACCUA